AUGGCGUAUAGCAAGUUUAUUGUAGGAGUGUGCUCCGGAGUGGUUGCUAGUUUCGGCAUGAUGAUGGCUCUAACCGGGGUUGAGACAGCAUCGCUCCCUGGAAAUGUCAUCGAGGGGAGUAGAGACUUCGUUUUAAAAGCAAAAACAGUGCUGAAUUUCGCUGACAGAAUAUACGAUAAAUGUUUCAGUGUGCCAAACUCACUGUGCCUUGGAGGCACGUCCCAAAUUAUAACUGCGAACGCAGUUCCAGAAGGGCUUAGUGCUUGGUUCACAUUCGAUGAAAUCUACCCUGUUGACCAAAGUGGGAACGGCAAUCACAUGCACAGGGCACCCCGAGCGGGGCCACCUCACAACGGAAAAGGCGCCAGCGCCGCUUUUGUCAAUGGAGCGAGCGGAACGAUAAAGUCGAGCCCCACGUUGGAAUCCAGUGAUUUUACACGCCUUCUGGAUGUACCUUUUGGGCGACUCGAACGGCUACUUUCGAGCGAUGCAAACCAAACGCCCACCAUCCUGCUGUACCCGAAAACGAGGAAACUUUCAAUCCGCGUGACAACAACGGACAGCACCUCGGAGGGGAUCCCUUCUCGCGGCUCUCUCCCUCUGAGGAGGUGGACUCACAUUGCAGUUACUGCCAAUGAAUCCAGGUUGAAACUGUUCAUCAACGGCGUCAAAGAUAACCAAGUUGCACUACGUGGGGUGGUUGUUUCAAAUAGCGGAGACAUGGUUAUUGGCUCUACGCUGGAGAACUCCGGAUUCGAGGGAUACAUUGACGAUCUGCGACUAUACAGCCGUGCCCUUCCUAAAUCUUGCUGCUCAGGAUGGAGAAGUAGCGAGCCUGACCCCAGGCGGACUCACCGGGAUUGUCGAUACAGAAUUUGUAUUCCUAGGCUGCGCGAGCUGCUCAUUCGAGAAGGCUUUGCACUUCAAUAUCUGCGGCGAGCCCGCUGCACAUCUUUGCUCUCUUCGAGAGCUCUACCAGGGUGCUAUCCAUAUCGCCAGAGUGAAUGGUCUGCUCGCUGGCGGUCCAGAUGUAUGGCAUAG